AUGAAUAUUUCCCAACUAUUUAUGAGUUAUCACAACAGGUCCGGUGAUCAGGAUGCUAUGGCCAAUGUCGUAGCGGCGAACGCAAUCAUGCGAGUUAUACACAGCCAACUCCUCCAGCAUGGCACGGUCCUAACGUUUACGUUGUGUUGUCACGAUAGGCAUACUUGCAAUUUCUACAACAACAUGCUGGAGAAACUCUUUCAUGUGUGGGGCCUGACAGUGUUGCAAUUGGUGAUGGUCCAUAAAAAUUCGACCCUACGCGUAUAUGACACACAGCGUAUUAAUCUCAUCUUUAUAGAUUCCUUUAAGUCAUUUCGAGAGAUUGACAUUGCUUCAAAUACGAAAAACAACAACCACAAUGAGUACUAUUACAUUUUCAUACAGGUACGAGAUUAUCGCUUGCCGCGCGAACUGCAGCUAAUACUCGACUACUGUUGGGCUAAUUCAAUGAUCAACUGCAGCGUUCAAGCACAAAAUGCGCACGGUGAGAUUUUCGUCUAUUCAUAUUUUCCGUUCACGGCCGAUUUCUGUGGUUUCGUAAAGCCGGUAGUUAUUAGUCAUUUCAAUGGCACCGACUUCAUACCACCGACACUGUUUCCACGCAAGUUAACCAAUUUCCAUGGCUGCGUAUUGAGAGCAGCACUUUGGCAUAUACCACCUUUUCUUGUUUUGCACACCGACACUCAGGGCGUCAGUCGUAUAGCGGGCGGUAUAGAAGGCAACCUAUUGCGUUUCUUGGCGCGGCAAUUGAAUUUCACAAUCGAUGUUAAAGUGCCGUCCAAAGCCACGACUAAAAUUUACUGAUUUCAAAUUUUUUCUUUACACAUUUAGAUAAAAAGAGGCGAAGUUGAGCUCAUCUUGGGUUGUUUUGCGCAAUCGCCUGCACUGCUCGAUAUCGUCUCGAAUGUGGCAAGCUACUAUCAGACUCGCCAGAUAAUGUGCGUGGCAAGGUCGGCGUAUCAGUUAACAUCGCUGGAGUUCUUAGUUACCCCGUUUGAUGGGUACAUUUGGUUGUCUCUUUGGUGCGCAUUCAUCGCUAGCUGGAUUUUGUAUUAUGCAACGUGUAAAUACUGGAAGGAAAGCCACGAGCAGACUCAACCCAUUUUAAGCUUUCUAGCGAUAUUACUCGGUAUGCCAGCCACUCAUAUGCCGGAUCGUUCUUAUGCACGCCUUCUUGUCACAACUUGGCUUUUCUUUACGCUGCUGGUGCGCACUGUUUACGAGGGUAUAUUUUUUACACUUAUGCAUCACGAAAUAAUCGUGCCACCGCCCAACACUUUCGAACAGCUUUCCGAUGGAAAUUUUACAGCUGUAAUGACGGCUGCCAACCAGGCAUAUCUCGCUGAUGUUAAACAAUUACAAAACUUGCCUUCAAUUAUACUGCCAUCGCUGGAUGUUAUGAGUGUGUUCGAUUAUAUUUUGAAAAACCCACGACGAAAUUUCGUUGCUAUCGAACUGCAAGAUUUCUUAAAUUUGUAUAGAAAAAAACACAAGGAUAAUGGCGCGUUUUUUGUGCUGCAUCAGGAUCUUCUUAAUCUGCCUUUGACGAUGUAUUUGACUAAGCAUUCGUAUUUGAUUGAUCAAUUUGAGCAGCAAAUCUGGUGGAUACGCUCGGCAGGCUUCGUGCAUGCCUGGGUAUUUCAAGAAUUGCAAUUCACAGCAGAGGUAAAUGGCUUUGAUGAAGUUCUGGGGUUAGACAAUCUUUCGGCGUUUUUUGCAACGCUUGGUUUGGGUUUGUGCGUUUCGCUGGUGGUAUUCACCUUGGAGAUUCUCUCUCUUCGCAUACCACUUUUGCGCAGAUGGCUUUUGAAAGUACACUAGGCAAACAUUUUAGCUGAAAAUAUUAGGUGCGCAACUAAGUGUUCGCUGUUUUUUCGAUGAAAAUACAACUUUAUUCUGAAAAAAUGGUUACAAGUGAAUCAUUGAAAGUAUUGCCCAACGCUGGCUACUACUUUUCCCCAUCUUUCUGCUAGAUCCCGUAUACGGCCGCGGUAAAACUGGUCAUCUUUUGAGGCUAUCCACGGAUCAAGCCAUUUUUUGAUGUCUUCAUAUGAAUGGAACUGCUGGUCAGCUAGACCAUGUGCCAUCGAUCGGAGCAGGUGAUAAUC